AAAUGAAUUAGUAGUUUGUAUUACUACGCCCAGCCGUUCUACAUGUUCUUGGCAAAGCCGAGAAAUUUAUUUGUUUUGAUUGUGCUCAUCAUCUAUUCAUAAGACUAGGAGUUGCUAUUGUAUGCGAAGUCCCCUUUCAAUGAUUUGUCAUCCUUUAACUCACAUUUCUUGCGGUAUGACCUUGUAAUUAAGUUUUUUUUAUGACGCUUACCCCAUCCACUGUCUGCCAUGAACACGAUCAACAGCAAGAGAAACAGAGGUGGCCGGAUGAAUUCUGGCAAUCGCACAGACAAGAGACAAAAUUAUAUUCAAGAUAGACAACCGAGAAACAGAGGUCCAGUUAAUGAAAAGAGUAUUGAAGGAAUAUAUAAAAAUACAAGGUUAACCCAUGUUAUAUUUUCAUUGGUGGGGUCUGUUGUCCAAGCGCAGGUGAAAAAUGGAAUUAUUUAUGAAGGAAUUCUGAAGACAGUUUCUCCAACAGGAGAUUUUGUAUUGGAUUAUGUGCAUAUGGUAGAGGAAAAUGGAAAUGGGGGCCAGACGCAAUCAUCGACACCGUCGAAAGAACGCAUUUUACCAAAGCUGGUUGUGAAGUACGCGGAUCUUGUUACUAUUAAUGCUGCAAACCUAGAUCUGGACUAUGCUGUAAAAGACUCAUUCACAGACACAGGUAUUAGUAAAUUCAAUGGUGAAAUGAAGGAAAAAGAGAUGAAAGAAUUGCAGCCAUGGGAUUCUGAGGGAGGGGAUGAGAUUUCUUUAGACGGCACGGGUGAUAAGUCUUCAAAUGGGUGGGAUCCCAAUGAUAUGUUCCAUACAAAUGCGGUACAGUUUAAUGUACAAUCGUCAUAUGAUGACUCAUUGGAGCAAUACACAACAAGGUUAGAGAGAGGUAAUUCAGAAGAAUACAGACGCCGUGAACAACAAGCCUCAAAAUUAGCGGCUGAAAUAGAGAGGUGUGAAUCUUAUAAGAAACAUAUAGCCCUGGAGAAUGGAGAAGGGGACGAUGAAGAGGCGGCGUUCAGCUCGGUUGUGCGACCUGGAGAGUCCAGUAGUCAGUCACAGCCCACUGGUGCUGGAGGGCCAGGAAAAUAUAUACCUCCAAACAAACGUCCUACAGGAAGUGGGGGCAUGUCAAAGUCAAACCGUGGAGGCUAUUCAGCCCAGUCAAACCGCAAUAUACCUAAUCAACAGUCUCUACAAACCACUCAAGUGUCUUCACAAUCUACAGUAGAAAAUGUUAAUGGAGAGGAGACUGGGCGAUCUUCAAUACCUGCAUCAACAGCAGGGCCAACAGUUAAAACUAGUCUGGUAGGUCACGAUCACGGGCCACCACCUGUCACAGAUAAACAAGAUCAUGUACCACAUCUAACACAUGCUGGUAAAGAGGGCAAAAAGCCAAUGAAAGGAAGGGAUGAACAGAUAAAGGAAUUAAAAGAGUUUAGUUCAAAAUUUAAGUUGGAUGAUAAUAAAGACACAUCAAAAGAUAAAGAUAAAGAAAAAGAACACAAUACAAAAGACAUUAAAGAGAAAGCUAGUUUAGAACGUAAAGAGAGUGUUAGUGAAGAAAAGGAUUCAGGAUCGGAGAAGUUAAGUUCAUCUGAGAGUAAAGAAAAUGUACAGUCUUCAGUGCCAGUGACUUCUGCUUCACAACAUGGGACGACGGCACAUAGUGAAGAGAAGAAAAUGGAAACUAGUUCAUCAUCAGCAGAGGCUACAGGAUCUGAUACUGUGCAAGAUAAUGCUUUAAAAAUAUUGGAAAAAUCCACAUUAAAUCCUAAAGCAGAUGAAUGGGUUCCCAGGCAGUCAACUCAGCAACAGUCUUUCCAACCUAAACAAGCAAGUCAUCAACAGACACCUACUCCUCCCCGUCCCCAGACCCAAAGUCCAAUGAACCAACCCAUGAGCAUCCCUCCAGGAUACCCAGGCUCAAACCAGCAUUAUAUAAUGCCUCCCCAAAUGGUGCUUAAUAACCCUGGAAAUCAACCCCCAUACAACAUCAGACCUAAAAGAGCGGUUGUGUCAGUGAAGCCAGACUAUACUGCCUCAGCAGUGCAAGCAGCAACAGGGCAGCCUUUGUUAGCACAGUCCCAACAGCAACAGUAUAUACAAUUUAUACCACAAUUAAUGCCACCACAACCUACAGGUUACCAGAUGGGACAGCAGGUCAUGCCAAUGCCAGCAGCCAAUCCAUCUGGAGGUCAGAGAUUUAUGACACCAACUUCGGGUCAGGGAGUUCAGCCUUCAAGUAUGCAGCAUGGAAUGGAGCAGAGUAACCCAGCACAUCAGGCUUCACAAGUCUAUAUGACAACGCCAAAUCAACAGGUGCCCAUGCCAGCUCAUAUAUCACAUCAAUCACAUUUUAAUCAACCAAACCACAUCAUAAUGUCAAAUCCUAACUCCCAGCAGCCCCAACACAACUCACAAAUGAACCCCCCUCCCCCUUCGGGUGCCUCCGGUCAACAUCAUCCAGCACCUAGUCCGGUUCACACAAACCCCACUCAACCGACGAUGAAUCCUGGUCAGCAUCCCCCGCCAUCAGGCACGCCCCAGCCUCAUCAGGGAGGCUACCCACAAAACCCACUACAAGGUCAUCCCCCAUUACAACCAAGUCCCCACAAUCCAACGUCCCCUCAAACCAUGCAGCAGAUGCACUUCCAACAGUACACGUCUCACGGGCACCCAAUGCAGAUGCAGGGCUCAGCAGGUGGUCAGCAAUUCUCCGUCCCGCAUCAGUCAUCGGUGCCCACUUCAGUAACGUACAGUUUACAGCCACACCCGCACCAGUCACCUAAUAUGCAACACCAGAUUGUUAUGAUGCCACCUGCUCCAGGAUUAACUCCACACCCUUUACAUAAUUCACAAUUCCAGGGACACCAUAUGGCUGCCAACAUGCAACAACAGUUGAUGUCACAAUCUGGUGUACAGAAUCUUACUGGUCAGACUGGGGGACAGGGUUCCCAUCAUCAGAUGCAGCAUUUUAUCCCACAGGUCCAGCAUCAUGGGGGCCAGCACGUGCAGAACUACCAACCCUCGCAGUAAAUACACUAAAUCGUUAAAACUCUCGAAACAAAACAAACAACAUGAUUGACUGCAGCUGCACUGACGAGUGCCCUGCACGUGAGGCCCGAACAUUUCAUAGUUCAGCACCUGAGAAAAUGAUGAAGAGAAUACAUGUGUGUGUUUGAUGACAUUUGACCCGAUCUUUCUUUCUCUUUUCUCUUACUGUCCAUCCUUCAUAACAUUAUUAUCUGACACAGAGAAUUGGACAUUGUUGCCAAGCGACUGUGUUGUUACAAACAUACAAAUUACAAAAAGAAUGAACCAAAAGAAAUGUCAAAAAUAUUUCAUUACUGUAAUGUGUGAAAGUGUUUAUUUGAAAACCAGAUUUAUAUCUGGAAAUUUGAAUAGAAAUGUUCUUAUUAUAUAAUUUAUAAGGCAACUUUAACCUAUACCUGUAUUCCUUCCCUGUUAAAAAAUAUAGAGUGCUAACUUAACUUUAUAGGAGGUUGUGUAAAAUUGUCUUUGUUUUUAUUUUUUCCUCAUCAACUUGUUUGCAAAGUACAGAGUUUAUCAAUUGUUGAAAUAAUUAAAUGUUUUGUUGUAAAGAAAAAAAAAUGAUGUCAAAUUGUCAGGGUUUUGUGCUUGAUAAGCUAAAAACUCAAUAUUUGAAAUUACUAUGUUCUAAAUGAAUACUUUAAAUACAGUCAUAUUGCCAUGGUAACAAUUAGAAUGUAUAGGUGAUACCUCUGAUCUUUUACAGAAAUCUCAUUGUUUACUUUCCUCAUAGAUUGUCAAGUGAGGAUUAUUUUUUGUCUUGUUUCCUUUUCUUUGUUAAAUGGUAGUGAUGGGUAAAAGGUGUCCAAUAUUUUGUGUACCAUGAAGUUUCAAAAGGUUACUGUAGUUAAUAUUAAACUGUGAUUAUAUAUCAUGUUUUAAAUAAAGUUACAGUUACCCUGCAUUCAAUUAUUUAGAAACUAAUUGUUAAUUACAUUAGAUAUUUAAAUGUUAAAAUAUGGUUGUUCUUGAUAAGAUUUAAUAUUGUGCAUCAAGUUGUUAGGACCAAUCAUUUGAGCUCUAAUUUCAAAUGUAAUAAAGAAAAAAAUAAAACUUUCAUAAUCUAAGAUUGAUUAAAAGGGAAUCAUCAAUAAUGGAUGUUUUUGUCUUUUUCGUAAAUUUUUGUAUGAGAUUUUUGGACAUACUUUUACUUGUCACUACAAGUACCUGCAAAAAUGUGAUAAUGAGGUGUGAAUGUGUUCAUCUCAGCAUUAAAUGUUAAUAAUUAACACUUUGUUAAGGUUCUGUACACUUACCAGUUAUAACUGCAGGUCUUUUAUUAACAGUAUAGAGCAAGUCACAAGGCUAGUCAUAACAGUUCUAGUCUGACUACACUAUCCUGUUGGUAUCUACUCUCAACUUUUGUAUUUAAUACAUCAGACUGAUAGCUUUAAAUAGAUAAUUAUAUAUAAAUUUAGUGUAACAGUGGUUAAUUGACACUAAAAUAUCUGAACAUCUACUAAUAAAGAAUAAACCAGGUAAAAUCAUAGAUAAGUCAGAAAUAAGUAAAGCAAGUUAUCUUUUCGUCAUUUUCCACUUUUAAAUAGAUUUCAUUUAUAAUUUUUACAUACGAAGGAAAAUGUAUUGUUUGUUGUACAAAUAUUUGAUAAUGAUAAACUAAGGGAAGUUAUAAGUGAAACAAUGUACACAUUUUCUUAUUAUUUUGAUUAUGAAUUUAUUACAGAGGUGAGUAAAAAAAAAUGUAAUGAAUAAGAAGUAGAUUGACAUAUAUAGAAAAUAUUCAGGGUGUUUUUUUAGUAAAUAUGGAGUAUAUAUAUCACUUUCGAGUGGGACUAUUAAAAUAUUUUCAAGAGCUCAAAGGCGCAAGUGAAAAUAAUAAAAAAUUCUUUGAAGUGAAAUGCAUUCCAUAUUUACUGAAUAAAAAACAACAUUUCUUCAUAAUUUGCAUGAAAACAACAUUUGGUAUGUUGGGUUUUAUUUUUAUUUUCAAAUGAAUCAUAAGACUUCUGUAUUUUUUACACAAGAAAAACAUGUUUUACAGAUUUAUGCAAUAUAUGUAAACAGAACCUUAAAUGUAGGCAAAACUGCCUUGUCUUUACGUCACAAAAAAUCGCCUCAAACAUAAGCAUUUAUUUCCAGGUUAACUUGCUAACAGACGUUAAUGAGAUAGGUCGACUUUCAUCAUGUCAUUUAGAGUUCUUUGGUUGACUUUGAUAUUGAAUAUGAAGGUUUCCCAAUCUUAACAGUGUUUGUCCUGAAAUCUUUUGCAUUAUUCUUCUUUCUUUCACAUUGUUUUUCUUCCUGAAGCAUCAUUUUUUCCUCUUUGAGUUCAUUGUAUCAUAGUUUGAUCCAAUGACAUUUGUUAUAAACGAGGAAUGAGAUGGAAUGUGUGACUGUUAUUUGCAUUGCUACAUUUAUGUUUCAAUUUAUGUAUUUUGAGGGAGAAUAUAUAGGAGGGGUAGUUGUUGCAAUAUUGUGAAGAGGUGGGGACGUUUUUAUACUGAAAGUUGUUGUCAAAGAAUACUUUUUGACAUUGUUGAGCAUAUAGUAGGCCAGCACUUACAUUUAUAUUAUAAAUGUGUCUUAUAUUUAGAUAUCAUGUGACCUAUGUGAGAUCACGUGACAUUCAUAUGACAGUUGAAUCUUCUGUCAUGUGACAUAUAAUUAUUUUGCCAAUCAUGUGUCAUAUUUUGAAACGAGGAAACUACCAUAGUUGAAAGUUGAGAGUCAAAUGAUUUUAACUUAAAAACCAAGAGAUAGCAUAAACUCCUGCAUUUUAAAAUGGAGCGAAUGUCUUAAAAAGAAAAAAUAAAUGAUAAAAUCCUGAAAAA